AUGGCAGACGAUCAAGAUAAUCUGGAGAGGACUUAUUCCCGUGAGAGUCGUCUGCAGCGAGACGGGUUAGAGCAAGAAGCUACUCCAGUUGCUCUUGUCCGCAGUGUGACGCAACUCAGCCAACGAGCGUCUCGCGCGCGAAUACCUACCAUAUACGACCUUGACAUUGAGCCGACUUCGGACGUCGAGAAGGGCGACGAAGCAAAGGAAAGUGCAACUCCGGAAUCAUGCUCUGAUGCCGUGGAUAACAAAUGUGGUUCUGGAGAGCCCAAGAGGAGGAUAAUAAGAUUUGAGGAUGGCGACCCAGAGAAUCCAAACAACUGGGGCAUGUGGAAGAAGCUGUAUUCGCUAUUUGUAGCUAUCAUGAGUGCGACGACGUUCGGACCCAUUCUCGGGCCGCCCAUCAGCGGGUUUAUCUCGGUGAUCAGCUGGUCUUGGGCUUUUUGGAUCGGUGCAAUCUUCGCGGGCGCGUCGUGGCCGCUGUUCUUCUUUUUCCCAGAGACAUACGGUCCGGUUAUUCUAAAAUACCGUGCGCAGCGGAUGAGAAGAGAAACAGACGAUGAGUCCAUCAUCGCACCACUUGAGCUCGAGAAGACGAACCUCCGGCAUAUAGUUACGACGGUGCUUACGAGGCCACUACGCAUGAUUUGCUUUGAGCCGCUCGUUCUGUUCACUUGUCUGUAUCUUAGCUUUGCGUGUAAGUCCCCGUUCCUUGCCCCUUUCUGCCACUGGGACGCUGAAAUUGGUGCGGUAGACGCAAUCUUCUACAUCUACUUCCAAUCCUUCCCCCUCAUCUUCAUCGACAUCUACCACUUCAAUGCCGGCGAAGAAGGACUGACCUUCCUGCCUAUCGGCGUCGGCGCCAUCGUCUCCGCGGCUCUCUACCUCCUCUGGGAUUUCAUACUUCGCCGCGCCCAAAACGCUGGGAAGCCCUGGUCCCAAAACGAAGAAAUGCGCCGGCUCCCACUCGCUUGCAUCGCAGGCCCGUUCUUCGUAAUCAGUAGUUUCUGGCUUGGCUGGACGGCAAGACCGGAUAUACACUGGAUUGUGCCUUGCCUUGCGAGCAUGUUGUUUGGAAUGGGGUAUCUGUGCUUGUUCAUGGCGCUGCUCAAUUACCUCGUCGACGCGUAUGAGAUUUUUGCUGCAUCGGCUAUGGCAGCCGCCUCCCUCAGUCGCUCGUCCUUCGGCGCUGUCCUACCCUUCGCAGCAAAGCCGAUGUACCGAGCCAUGGGCGUUGCGUGGGCUACCUCUCUACUUGGUUUCUUUAGCGUGGCGCUGUGCGUGGUGCCGUUUGUUUUUUUAAAGUGGGGCGGUAAGAUGAGGGAAAAGAGUAAGUUUUGUCAGUAUCUAAUGGCGAAAAAGAGGGAGGAGGCGGAGCAGGUAGAGAGGGAGAGGGAUGAGAAGGCUGGUAGGAAGGCACUGCAGGAGGGAAAUGUAGGACAGCAGGUAUGA